CUGAAGUUGAGAAUUCUACCCUUACUUCUCUAUCUUAAAUAUCCACUCUGAAGUUUGGACCAUCUGCAAUUCAAACACUGCAAAGUAAUCAUGGUUUCUGUUCCUAUUGGAAAGGCUUGGUUCAUCAUAACUGUCACCUCAUUCUUUUGCUUCCUCGGAAGUGCUUCAGCUUCUGUCGAAGAAGCUGAUGCACUUUUCAAAUGGAAAGCCAGCUUCCAAAACCCGGAUAAUCCUCUGCUAAGUUCAUGGAUUCUCCAGCCAAAUGCUUCAAAUUCUUCUCAUAUUGGAAAAGAAAUUGCCAGCCCCUGCACUUGGUAUGGUGUUUCUUGCAUUGGUGGAAGUGUCAACAGGUUGAACCUUACUAAUACAAGUAUUAAUGGUACACUGUACAGCUUUCCCUUUUCAUCCCUCCCAAAUCUUGAAUAUGUUGAUCUAACACUGAAUUAUCUUUCGGGCAGCAUACCACCUCAGAUAGGUAACCUCUCCAAGCUCACAUAUCUUGAUUUGCAGCGCAAUCUAUUUUCAAAUACUAUUCCUCCUGAAAUUGGACUGUUGAGAAAUCUUCAAACCCUUCAUUUAAAUGGAAAUGGGUUAAACGGCUCAAUUCCUGAGGAUAUAGGGGAAUUAAGGUCUCUAAGUGAUCUUGCUUUGGCUGACAACUACCUUGAGGGAUCCAUUCCUGCUUCCUUGGGCAAUCUGAAAAACUUGACUGACCUGUAUUUCUAUAACAAUUCGCUUUCUGGCCCUAUUCCUCCUGAAAUAGGAUAUCUUGACAAUGUUGUUUCAAUCUACAUGUACAGAAACCACUUAUCAGGUCCUAUUCCCCCCUCUUUUGGUAACCUGAAUAUGCUAGAGGCCUUGCAUCUUUACAGCAAUAACCUCUCUGGUCUCAUUCCUCCUGAGUUGGGCAAUCUAACAUCACUGGAUAGUCUUAGCCUAUUCAACAAUAAUUUGAAUGGCUCAAUCCCCCCAUCACUAGGUAAUCUAACCAACUUGACUAUUCUGCACCUAUAUGGCAACCAACUUUCUGGUUCAAUUCCCAAGGAAUUGGGAAAUCUGAAGUUUCUUGAGGAUUUGGAAUUAAGUGACAAUAUGCUAACCGGUUCCAUUCCUGCUACAUUAGGUAAAUUGAGUAACUUGAAAUAUUUUUAUGUUCUUGAAAACCAACUUUCUGGUCCUAUUCCCCAAGAGCUUGGAAAUUUGACGAAGUUGGUUGCUAUGAUCAUGGCUGAAAACCAGUUCUCUGGUCAUUUGCCUGAUAAGCUAUGCCAAGGUGGAAUCCUUCAAAACUUCACUGUAAAUGACAACAAGCUUACAGGUCCAAUUCCUAGAGGCUUGAAGAACUGCACAAGUUUACUUAGAGCUAUCUUCAGUGGGAACCAGCUCACUGGAAACCUCUCAGAGAUGUUUGGGGUCUAUCCACACUUGGACUUCAUGGAUCUUAGCAACAACAAUUUCUACGGAGAACUCUCAGGUAACUGGGGUAGAUGUCGAAGCUUAUCUACUUUGAAGAUUGCAGAAAACAACAUCUUGGGUCAUAUACCUCCCGAAUUAGGAAAUUUAACUCAACUAGGAGUACUUAAUCUUUCCUCAAACCGCUUAAUUGGGGAGAUUCCAAAGGAAUUUGGGAAAAUGACUUCUAUGCUAAAUCUGUUUUUGCAACAUAACCAACUGUCAGGUGAUAUACCUCAAGAACUGGGAUCAUUAACUCAACUACUCAGUCUAGACCUGUCUGCAAAUUCAUUGAAUGGCGCAAUACCAGGAACUUUAGGAAACUGCCAGAAAUUGUUCCAAUUGGACUUGAGCAGCAAUUUUUUGAGCCAAACUAUACCUAUUCAGUUUGGCCAAUUAAUUCAACUCUCUAUCCUGAAUCUCAGUCACAAUUUUCUUGAUGGAGAGAUGCCAUCCGCGUUUAGAAAUUUGCAGAGUCUAGAAAUACUAGAUCUCUCCUAUAAUAAUCUCUCUGGUUUCAUUCCACAGGAUUUGGAUGAACUGCCUGGUUCCACUCACAUUAACAUAUCUUUCAAUAAUUUGGAGGGUCCUAUUCCCCUUGGCAAAGCAUUCGUGAAUGUCACUAUAGAACAAGUAAAGGGAAAUAAAGGUUUGUGUGGAAAUAUUACAGGGUUAGAACCUUGUGAAAGUCCUCCUGUCGAAGGAAGCCAUAAGAGACACAAAGGCCGGAGACUUGUUCUCAUAACUUUACUCCCUCUUUUAGGGUCACUGUUACUUCUUUGUGCCUUUGUUGGAGCCUUCCUUCUGUACGAGCGAAGAAAGAGAGCAGCAAAAGCUGAAGAUAUGGAUGUAAAUGGAGACGAUUUUUACUCUAUAUCAAUAUUUGAUGGCAGAGAAAUGUAUAAGCAGAUUUUGAAAGCCACGGAGGACUUCAAUGCAACAUUUUGUAUUGGGGAGGGAGGUUAUGGGAGUGUUUACAAGGUAAAGCUUCCAUCAGCUGAUGUAGUAGCUGUGAAGAGACUUCAUCAUUCAUCUGAGAUGACGGACCGCAAUGGUUUCUUGAAUGAGAUAAAGGCUUUGACAAAUAUCAGACAUCGAAACAUUGUCAAGCUUUAUGGUUUCUGCUCUAAUUCUAAGCACUCAAUACUGGUUUAUGAAUACCUUGAAAGAGGUAGCUUGGCAAACAUUUUGAGCAAAGAAGCAGCAGCUAAGAAAUUGGAUUGGCAGAAAAGGGUGAACAUCAUUAAGGGCGUAGCCUAUGCUUUGUCUUACAUGCAUCAUGAUUGUUCACCACCAAUUGUUCAUCGAGACAUAUCGAGCAACAAUAUUCUGCUUGAUUCAGAAUACGAGGCUCAUGUUUCUGAUUUCGGCACUGCUAAGCUUCUCAAGAAAGAUUCAUCCAAUUGGAGUGCACUAGCAGGCACAUACGGAUACAUUCCACCAGAGUUUGCCUACACAAUGCAAGUGACUGAAAAAUGUGACGUGUAUAGCUUUGGGAUACUGGCCCUAGAAAUAAUCAAAGGAAAGUAUCCUGGUGAUUAUAUAUCUCAACUUUUGUGUCCUACACCUGGAAACUUACAACUGGAAGACAUGUUGGACCAACGGCUUUCACAUCCAACUAAAGAAGUUGAAGAGGCUUUGAUAUCCAUCAUCAAGAUUGCCAGGGGAUGCGUGGCUGCUAAUCCAAAUUCUAGGCCAACAAUGUACAUUGUUUCUGAGUUGUUAGCAAUGGGUGCACCAUCUCCGCAACAUCUAGUGGAAAACAGUGCAACUCGGACAGAAGACAUGAUAAAGAUUGUUGAUGAGGAUUUAGAGGGACAAGAGCAAUAUAUACUUUCAGGUUCUAGUUAGUACUUUUGUAGAGAUCGUAAAUCGUAAUAUGUAUUCUGUAAUUGGAAGCAAAAAGAUUAGUUUUCCACCAGGACAAAUUAUCAACGUGACAAA